CCUUUCUCUUUUAGUUUCAUUUCCCGGUUCAAAAACGGUCCAAAACUAAGAAGCUUAACUGUUUAUGACAGCGGAUUUCUCCUCUGUUAUCUCUGCUGUGAACAUUUUGUACCGGUAUCUUAUUUGACCCUUCCUCAAAUUAAAGCGAAAGAGUUCCAACGUUCAAGAACUCCAAGAAUAUAACAAGGCACGAAAUAUGCCGGCCUCUGUGAAUUCUGGCUACUUGAAGACCAUUGAGGGAAUGCUGAAAGUUCUAGAAAUUGGUGUCAUUUGCGUGGCGUUUUCAUGCCUGGCUGAAUUUGACCGUACGCACUUUUGGCAUGAGGAAUAUCGAUCGCGGUUUGACUUCUUCUUGGCGGUGUUCGCCAUUGGCUGGAUUUUCGUCUUGUGUGUGUUUCUUACAUUCAUCUUUAUAUCGGAAUGGAAUAUAAUAACCAGAAGGAACUGGAAUAUCUCGCUCGUAGUGUUCUACAUUGUGUUUGUUUUCCUGUUUUUAAUCUCCUCCUCUCUCAUUGCGGACAUUUUGAGGGACAUCUAUGAUGCCAAAUGGCACAAAAUUCCUGGUCAGCAGCGGCUCACUAAUGUUCUGACAACUUCUGUGUGUUGUGGCUUUGUUUCGGCAGCUCUGUUUGUCAUGGAUUCUGCGAUUCUGUAUAAGAAAAUCAAUGCCUGACGGAGAUACCUUGUCGAAAAGUCCCUCUAUUUUUCUUUAAAUUAAACGUAACAGUGUUUUAAAUAACAGAAGCUAGAAGAACGUAAGAGUAUACAUGAUAUGCCAUUUAGAAUGGAAGUGUGCUCACAUGCAUCUCCUUGGAAAUUUUAUAAUUUUCUUGAUCCAAGUACUUCCUCAGUGGCGCCAAAUUUUCACGGUUAAAUCGGUUUGUUGGCGCGUGAUUUCAGAGUGACCAUGGCGUUUUAAAUGGGUUACGUCAAUCAGUAGAAUCAUUAUAUGCGUCAGAGAGACUGCAGACUGUAAAAAUAGAAGUAUGUCCUAAAAAACAAGGAAUAUAUAUCUCAGCCAUGGCGUGGAAAGUAUAUACAAGUAUUCACUAAUAAUUGCGUGCUGCGACUCUAAAGAGUAACCUUACCAUUCGAAAACCGUCUUCAAAGAUUCGCUUAUGAACGCCGCCAUUUUGAGAACUGCUCAGUGCACACUUGGGAUACAGUGGUACCUUUGGAGUCAAAUUUUAACAGGAGACCGCCAUCUUUAGAGCACUUCGGAAACCUGGCCGCAUACGGGUGGUUAGUUAGUGGGUGAAUCAAGUGUCAUCAGGAAGCCACCAUUUUGAGAGCGGCUCAGCAAACUGGCCACGUACGGGGGAUACAUUGGUAUUUCGUUGAGAAUUUUUAGCAGGAUGUAGACAGCAAUUUCCUAAAACUUGACUACUGAAAACGCAGGUGUUACUGAAGAGUCUCUUGAGGUGUUUAAGUCAACAUUGGGCUAAAAGGAAAACCUUCUCAAAAAUUAAACAAACAAUAAAUGGAAAUUUGUUUGAUGAAGAGGGCAGAGGAAUCUAAUUUUUUAAGAAAUUACUGUCCUUCGUGGUUGAGAGAUUCUGCUGUAACAAAUUGAAAGAAACGGAAACUGUGUUAAGAAUAAAACUGAGAUAUCCCAUAAAAGUUACAACAGUGGUACUGAAUUAUGAGCAAAUGGGACAAUAUGAUCUUAGAAGAGAACUUCAGGCCUACUCUGGGACCUUAAAUUGGCUUAAGUCGCCUUUAGUCGCCUAAAGUCGCUUUAAGUUGCUUUAAGUCGC